AUGAAGCUUGACAUUGAUGAUGUCAGCGUUGCCCUUUCUGACUUUCAGGCACCGGUGGUGCGAGCCCAACUCAGUACACCUUCACCUGCAGCACAGCUGCAUUUGCAGACAAUGCCACACUACUUCUCAGUCGACAUUGACAUCUCUUCCCUGAAGGUUGAAGUGCUGAAUUCAGUCCUCCGCUGCUGGGAGCCUCUUCUAGAGCCGUUCGCGGCAUCCGUGCAGGUUGAACGACGACCAGACGGAGAAGACGGAGCCGGCCAUGCUCAGCAAGUGGUCCUCACCGGGAAGGGUCCGCUGCUGGUCAACAUUACGCCGAACAUGGUGAAGCAAACCGGCUUCUUGUUGCAGCUGCUAUCCGAGGCCGGCAGCUGCCAGGACCAAAGAGGCCAUCGGGCACGCGUGUGUUGGGCCAGUGGUGCAAGAUACCGCGCUGUGAACAUCUGCGAGUUCCCGAUCGAGUUGGAAGUUCCCGGUGUUCAGCAGACCCUCACUGUGCCACCCACGGGCUCCCUCUGGGAGCCAUUGGAUGAUUGGGUGCUUCAAAGCUUUGCAACGGCACUUCGCAUUCGCGUGCCAGGAGGAUCGUUUUCGAGGCUGUUGCUCCUGGAGCGUGCGGACUCCCUCAGCCUCGUGAUGGAGAUGCAGGUCGACGGCUUCAUCUCUUGCCUAGUUGAUGGGGCAAUCGAGGAACACACGGCCUUGGAGCUCUCCCUGGAGGACGCUGAAAGUGUAGACUUCUUCGAAGAGGACUUCCUCGACGUCGAGUGGAACGAGGAGCGCUCUGCGGUCGAAGAACCUGUGCAGCUGCAGGUGAAGACGAGCGCAGGAAGAAGCUCAGGGAUCACGCCAAAGCCAAAUGCACUCCUCAAGUAUAUGUGUCAGCUUCUGGACGGCGCGUUGAGCGGACAAGCUCGCAUCUUUGAGCAAGCUGCAGCUCCUGUCGAUUAUCUUGCGGCUCCAAACCAGCCGCCGCGCUACGCAUGCUACGCCCAAAUCCAGCCACUGUGUCCAAAGCUUUCACCGACGGCUCCCAGCGCCUCGGGGGUUCCGGGGCCCCCGAAAACGCGCUUCAAACACCCACAGAGGGCCUUCCUGGCCCAGGCCAGCACAUUCCCACUCAAGCUGCAAGUGCCCCGUCCACCAUCGAUGCCACAAGCCAAGCGGCCGCCACGACGACAUUUCGCGGUUCUGACGACGAACGGCGAUGCUGGCAAUGCCGCCGUGAAGGCCUACAAGAAGUGCUUUGGCACUGGACCUAGGCCUUUCCACUUGUCCCAGCGAAAUCCUGAGGACAAGGCUGCCAAGAGAAAGGAGAAGCUAUUCUCGCAGGCCAAGGCAGUUUUGAAGGUUGAUCCAGAAGCGGUAAAGCGCCGAUUGGACGAGGUCACCAACCAGCAGAAGUUAGAUGUUCAUCACGAGGUGCUGAAAGAGACUCAAGAUGAGGUCGAGGAUCAUUUUGAGUUCAUCACCAACCUGCAAGCAUUGAACCAGGCACUGCGAGAACGUGAUCACAAAAGAGAGCGGGCACAGGACUCGGUCAUGAACAUGUUUGCGACAAAGUGCUUGAGCACCGUGCAUGCGUGGCUUCUCUCCCAGUUUGCGUUUCGUCUCAUCGAACGGGUCCUCUUGUCGAUUGAUGAGAGCUUGGACUCCAAUCAGAACGGGCUCUACCUGCUCUGUUAUUCCAUUUAUGCAGUCUUCCUGGCCAUCAGCGUUCCGCCAAUCCAGAAAUGGCUCAGCAGAGUUGACAACUUCGACAAGUACACUCGAAGACAUGCCCUGGUCGACUUGCAGGUGAAAGCACUGCCUAUGAUCAUGGCGUGGGCAUUCAAGGAUGUGGUGCAGUACUUCCUGAAAUACACAGACCCAGACAACAGCGUCGUGUGGAAUGAGCUUGCAGUCACUGCCGGACUGGUACUCGUAGUGGCAUUCCUGCAGCAUCUUCCUCCAGUCUCCCGUGCCGGUGCAGAGCUGGCAACAGCAACCCCUAACAACUCGAUUAUCAAUCGCUACCUGACACUGCCAUCUACGAUGUUUUUGGGUACAGGCUACGCGUUCAACCAGUUAGCGACCUAUGUGGUGGACGUUCUCAGCAAAUUGGCUGACGACAACAACUCGGAUGCCUCCACCGGUCAGAAUGCCGCCACCAUCUUCAAGGUGCUGGAAAAGCACAAAAGCCGCAUGGCCUGUGUCGGUCAUGCUGACUGGUGUUCUUGGCAGGUGAUGUUCCAGGUGACCUACUUCGGAGCAAUGGCCUUUGCAGUCAUCAGGCACUUGGUUUGCACAAUAAGCGAGCUUCUCGAAGUUGCAUCUGUAGGACAGCCGGCCGUCAGAUACAUCGCCAGGAAAGGCAUACAAAGUGGAAGUUCGCGUCAGACUAUACCAGCACCUCUUAGUUAA